AUGUCUUCUACAUCUCUCUACGCUUCUCCCUUCGUCGCUGGCUCGACGAACACCUCGCCUUUCUCUCUCGACUCGUUCAAGGAUCCUCAGGCGAUGCCCAGCGCUUCCUCGUCGUCCUCCAAGUUUUCCACUGAACGUGAAGACGACGACGAGGAUGUACCCCUUAUCGUCCUGAAGACCCGCUAUUUGCUGUCCGGGCGCACCGCAAAGGUAGGCCAGGGGCUAGGGUUAAGUAUGGUGCCCGGACUGGAAGAAGAUCGUCAAGAACAGCAAGUGUAUCAAGAGCGUGGCUUCGUGUCCGGGAGCACCGCGAAGCCUCCAGCGCAAGAAGAGCAUUCACCACCUCAAGGGCAGCAAGAUCAGGUCCGGUCGCCGGGGAGCGGUGACAAUGAAGAUCAUCGAGAGCUACUUCGACUAAGCGGCUCAGAAGUCACGCAAGUGGACGUUAUAGGCGACUAUCAAUUGCAGUUCUGGAGGCUGGCAUGA